CUGCAGCAGCUUCUAGAAGUACAUAAGAAGAGUCUGAGGAGGAGAUGUGAACGUGUGACUGAAGGAAGUGAUGAAGCAGGAGGAGGAAGCCUCCUCAACAGGAUCUACACUGAGCUCCACAUCACAGAGGAACACAGUGAGGAGCUUCAGAGGGAACCUGAGCUGAAGCUUCUGGAGACAGCUUCCAGGAAGAAGAGUCUCCGUCACUCUGCCAUCAGGGAGGAGAGCCUCCGUCACUCUGCCAUCAGGAAGAAGAGCCUCCGUCACUCUGCCAUCAGGGUUCAGGACAUCUUCAAAGCCUCAGCCCAGCAGCUCAGACACAUCCGAGUGGUUGUGACCAGCGGCGUGGCCGGCAGUGGAAAAACCUUCUCGGUGCACAAGUUCAGUCUGGACUGGGCCGAGGGCCUGGAGAACCAGGAUGUGGGGGUGCUGGUGGUGCUCUCCUUCAGGGAGCUGAACCUGCUGGGAGAGCGGCCGUACAGCCUCCUCUCGCUGCUGGCUGUUUUCCAUCCCACGCUCCAGAAGCUGACGGCAGAGCAGCUGGAUGUCUGCAGGCUGCUCUUCAUCUUGGACGGUCUGGAUGAAAGCAGACUUUCUCUGGACUUCAGCAGCAGCCGGCGGCUGCUUGACGUCUCCCAGCAGUCUUCAGUCAGCGAGCUGCUCACUAACCUCAUCCGGGGGGAUCUGCUGCCCUCGGCUCGGGUCUGGAUCACUUCCCGACCGGCGGCGGCCCAUCAGAUCCCUCCAACAUGUGUGGACAGACUGACAGAAGUGCGAGGCUUCACUGACUCCCAGAAGGAGGAGUACUUCAGGAGGAGGCUGAGUGAUGAGGAGCUGAGCAGCAGGAUCAUCUCCCACAUCCUGACCUCCAGGAGCCUCCACAUCAUGUGUGGAAUCCCAGUCUUCUGCUGGAUCACUGCUACAGUUCUGGAGCACAUGUUGAGCAGCGAGCAGAGAGGAGAGCUGCCCCAGACCCUGACUGACAUGUACUCCCACUUUGUGCUGGUUCAGACACACAGGAAGAAGCUCAAGUACCAUGAAGGACCUGAGACGGGUCCACAGGAGCUGACGGAGGCUGACAGGGAGCUUCUUCUGAAGCUGGGCAGGAUGGCCUUGGAACAUCUGGACAAAGGAAACAUCCUGUUCUACCAAGAAGACCUGGAGCAGUGUGGUCUGGAUGUGACUGAGGCCUCGCUGUACUCUGGAAUCUGUACUCAGAUCUUCAGAAGAGAGUCUGUGAUCUUCCAGAAAGCCGUCUACAGCUUCGUCCAUCUGAGUGUUCAGGAGUUUCUGGCUGCAGUCUCCAUGUUCCACUGUUUCACCAGCAGGAAGAGAGACGAGCUGAAGACCUUCUUUGGAGAGGAUCAUGCUUUCAGAUCUCUUGAUGAUUUGCUGGUGGUCAUCCUGGAGAAAUCCGUCAGAAGUGGGAACGGCCACCUGGACCUGUUUGUCCGCUUCCUUCAUGGCCUCUCUCUGGAAUCCAACCAGAGACUCUUAGAAGGUCUGCUGGGUCAGACAGAGAUCAGUCCAGAAACGAUCCAGAGAGUCAUCCAGAACCUGAAGGAGAUCAACAGUGAAAAAGUGUCUCCUGACAGAUGCAUCAACAUCUUCCACUGUCUGACGGAGAUGAAGGACCUCUCAGUACAUCAGGAGAUCCAAGAGUUCCUGAAGUCAGAGAACACAUCAGAGAAGAGACUCUCUGGGAUCCACUGCUCAGCUCUGGCCUACAUGCUGCAGAUGUCAGACCAGGUCCUGGAGGAGUUAAACCUGGAGAACUACAACACAUCAGAGGAGGGACGAUUCAGACUGAUCCCAGCUGUGAAGAACUGCAGGAAGGCUGAGCUUUCUGAAUGUGGACUCUCUGAUCCUCACUGUGAAGUGAUCUCCUCAGCUCUGAAGUCUGACCCCUCCCAUCUGAAACAUCUGAACCUGAGUGACAACUACCUGGAGGAUUCAUCAGUGGAGAUUCUGUGUUCUGGACUGGAGAGUCCAAACUGUAAACUGGAGACUCUGAGGUUGAUGGACUGCAUGUUGUCAGAGAUCAACUGUUCUUCUCUGGCCUCAGCUCUGAAGUCCAACCCCUCCCUCCAGAAACAUCUGGAACAUCUGGACCUGAGCUGGAACCCUCUUCAGGAUCCAGGAGUUUCUCAGCUGUGUGGUUUUCUGCAGAGUCCACUCUGCCGUCUGAAGACUCUGAGGUUGAGGGGCUGCAGGUUGUCAGAGAUCAGCUGUUCUUCUCUGGCCUCAGCUCUGAAGUCCAACCCCUCCCUCCAGAAACAUCUGGAACAUCUGGACCUGAGCCGGAACCCUCUUCAGGAUCCAGGAGUUUCUCAGCUGUGUGGUUUUCUGCAGAGUCCACUCUGCCGUCUGAAGACUCUGAGGUUGAGGGAAUGCAGGUUGUCAGAGAUCAGCUGUUCUUCUCUGGCCUCAGCUCUGAAGUCCAACCCCUCCCUCCAGAAACAUCUGGAACAUCUGGACCUCAGUGACAACGAUGAUGUUCGUGAUUCAGGAGUUUCUCAGCUGUGUGGUUUUCUGCAGAGUCCACUCUGCCGUCUGAAGACUCUGAGGUUGUGGGGCUGCAGGUUGUCAGAGAUCAGCUGUUCUUCUCUGGCCUCAGCUCUGAAGUCCAACCCCUCCCACCUGAAGGAGCUCGACCUGCGUUCCAACCAGCUGCAGGAUCCAGAUGUGCAGCAGCUGGUUGAUCUUCAGCAGAGUCCAGACUGCAGCCUGCAGACUCUGAGGCUUUCUGGCUGUGAACUCUCUGGUCCUCACUGUGAAGUGAUCUCCUCAGCGCUGAAGUCUGACCCCUCCCAUCUGAAACUUCUAGACCUGAGUAGGAACAACCUGGAGGAUUCAUCAGUGGAGAUUAUGUGUUCUGGACUGGAGAGUCCAAACUGUAAACUGGAGACUCUGAGGUUGGAGUUCAGUUUGUCAGAGAUCAGCUGUUCUGCUCUGGCCUCAGCUCUGAAGUCCAACCCCUCCCUCCAGAAACAUCUGGAACAUCUGGACCUGAGCUGGAACCCUCUUCAGGAUCCAGGAGUUGAGCAGCUGUGUGGUUUUCUGGAGAGUCCACUCUGUCGUCUGCAGACUCUGAGGUUGACGAGCUGCAGUUUGUCAGAGAUCAGCUGUUCUUCUGUGGCCUCAGCUCUGAAGUCCAACCCCUCCCUCCAGAAACAUCUGGAACAUCUGGACCUGAGCUUGAACCCUCUUCAGGAUCCAGGAGUUUCUCAGCUGUGUGGUUUUCUGCAGAGUCCACUCUGCCGUCUGAAGACUCUGAGGUUGAUUUACUGCAGGUUGUCAAAGAUCAGCUGUUCUUCUCUGGCCUCAGCUCUGAAGUCCAACCCCUCCCACCUGAAGGAGCUCGACCUGCGUGACAACCAGCUGCAGGCUCCAGAUGUGCAGCAGCUGGUUGAUCUUCAGCAGAGUCCAGACUGCAGCCUGCAGACUCUGAGGUACGAGGGAGUCUUCGAGUACGACGAUGAGGAUGACGAUCAGGAUUACUCUGAGGACGACUAUAAGGAUGACUCUGAGGACGACUGAGAGCAGAGCUUCAUCCAGAGGACCUAGCAGAAGCUCCGAGUGUCAGUGGUACAGUGUGAAGAGCUGUGAGAGUCCAGCAUCGAACCAGGGUUCCUCAGGAUGUGACAAAGAUUAAUCGCUGUGUGUCCUCCUCCUCCUCCUCCUCCUCCUCCUCCUCUUCCUCCUCCCUGUUUGAGACAUUCCUCUUUCUAGUCAAUCUCAUCACCUUGUGGGCUCUAAAGAACUGAUGUUGGCUGAAAAUAUAAAAUCAGUUUGUAAACUGAAGUCUGUCAGGAAAUUCCUCGUUAUCAGUCUUUUCAUGUGAUCUGUAAUCCAUUUCUCUCUGAGCUCAGUCAAUACUGAACAGUUUUCAGUAGCUUAAAUGAAAGUGAGCAGAAAGAAGAAUGAACUAAUCUUCUCUGCUCCUUCAUCUCAUGUCAUCAUAUUCUGUCAACAUUGAAAACCAGCAGCAAACAACAGAAACCCCAGAGGAGAACCAGCAGACAACUCCCAGACAGCAGCAGAGUGAGCGGCCUGCAGCCUCUCUGGCUCUUCACACUGCUGCUUCAUAUCAGAUCCUCUUUGUGCUUCUUUGUGUUUUGAUGGUGACUCGGAUCUAAAACAUAGUGAAUGUGGUGUGUGAGUUACAUUCUUCUGAUUCUAGAUCUGGAUUGUUCCAUAACUGGACUCCUUGUACUGAACUGCAACGUUCCCUCACUGUGGUUCAACAUUUAGGUUUGGUGAAGAUCCCUGUUCCUUCAAGUUGUAGUUACUUUCUCUUUUUUUAAAUCUGCUCUGAAUAUCUAUGGCUGAAGUGUUCUUUGUACUUUAUACAUAAUUUGCAGAAUAUUAAAAUCCACCAUGUCAUGAAAUUUCAACGAUUUUAACUAAAACAACAAUAUUCGUAAUUCAAGAAACUUGCUUAAAACAAUCAAUAAUUCCAGUGAUUUCAAUAGAAAGAUAAAACCGCAACAUUAACCCCCCCCCUUUUUUUUUUUUAUUCUGCUGAAAAAGGAGUGGGAAGAAGAAAACUUAUUUAAUCCCAGUCCAAAGUCCUCAUCAGUCACUUGAUGGUGAAUUUUCAAACGCUUCCUGUCAUCAAGUCAAAGACAGCGAGAACCAGAGAGUAACGGGCUCAACAGCAACUGUUGAAUAAUGCACCUCGAUGCCCGCGUUAUUCAGGACUCGCCGCCCACAAAGGAGAUAAAUGACGUGACUAUAGCUGACGUUGGAAUCACGAGCGCUGUGUGGCCUUCCACACCUCAACAUGAGAGAACCAUAUCAUGAAGCUCCAAAUAGAGUCCCUUGAGAGAAGAGUGGAGCAAUAUCGAACUGCUCUUCGACGUUUCCGCCCCCACAGGAAGCAGUUCCCACUGGACCUAACAAUACCCCAAGCCAUACUGAGUGGUGCACCACUGCUUGUGUCCCUCUGUUUGGUCGUUACAGUCACACGGUUAGUAUUAAUCAUUUAUUAGUGUGUGAACCACGUUAUUAAUCUUUUUGUACUAUACUUUUAGUAUAUUCAUACGUGUGUGCUGAAACCAUAACCUCCUUGAAAGAUGCAAAAUGAGCCACAGUCUGCGGUUUGAGUCAUGUGUCACCUGCUGGUCCAAUAGGAGAGCACAAAAUAUUCAAGAUGGCUGCGACCAGGCUGCGAUCUUCCAGCAGCUCAGAGGAUGAAAACACAACGAAAACUUUUAAAAAGUCAUCAAAAAUUUGCUAUGUGCACCUGAUAUCUGAGAAAAAAGAACAAAGACAGAAUUUUUCGGCAACACGAUGGGAAACAUUCAGACACUGCGCCAAACGAUAGCUUUGUUUGAUUCUGUCUUUACCCUUUGGAGAGACCAGAACCUCUAUUUUCUGUGAGGCCGAAUUGUGCACUUUAUUCAUCUGAAUUGUUUUUUUGUUUUCUGCGUUUAUGCCUGAAGAAGACAGACUCCAGUCGAAACGUCGCGAGUAAAAGCAUGCAUUUAAGGAUUAUUUCCUAUUUCUCAUUCAGUACUUUCUUUUUCGUUUUCUUUAUUUUGCCAGCCUUAUUUAUUUUUUUAUUCCUGCCAAUUCGGCGUCGGUGAUGUGGGAGGAAAGUGAGGGGUGGACGGUGGUUCACCGCGAUGUGCCCCGCAGCCGUGUGCGCUUCCAAGACGCUCCACAGGAAACUUCCCGGAGCGCCGGGGAGGGUCCGGAGGGGAGCGGGGGGGAGAGAGCUUCAUCCUGGGAAGGACCGGCUGGGGGCAGGAUGAUCAUGACAGAGUUUGUGUUCAGCACUUAUUGGGACUCAUACCUUCUCAGGCUGUGACUGUACUGGUGCUUUUCAUGGCGAGGGGAAAAAGAGAAGUUUUCUGUAGCUUGUGAGAAAGCAGGAUACCUCACUGCAUUUUCAAAUCUAGGUAGAAGUUUUAACCUGGACCAGUUCAUCUUUGAAGUACUUUGCAAAUAUGUGUGCCACCUGUAUGGCCUGUCAUCUGCUGAAAAUGUGAACGAUGCAAGAUACAGAGCGUUCUGCAUGGCAUCAUCAGCUUUGCCAGAACUAUCAAUGCCUCCAACACGUGAUGCUCGACACCAACACUGCAAAAGGUCAAACUCCCAAGCAGCAAUGAUGAGACAUUGUCUGAAAGGUGUUAUGUUUGCAGCCUCACCCAUUGGCAGAGGACGGCACACUGAAGAUGGGGGUUAACAGUGACCUGGAUGACUAAAAGUGUGAAUGUAUGAAUGUCAAUUUGUGAGAGAUCUUGUGUUGCUAAAGUGGAUGUUGAUGAAUAAAACAAGUGAAUUUAGCACCAAAGAAUUUUCAUUUUAUUCAAAUGUGGCUUCUGACAAAAAACUGCAGCAUGUAUUGUGGAGAACUUUUAAUGUAAAGUCUGUCAGGGUUUUUUCUAAACAAAAAUGCAUCUCUCAUCCCAGACAUGGGAACGAAAAUCAUUUUCUAGCCACUUUUUCAUGGUUCACCUUGUGGCCUAUCUGAUAUGUUUGCAACUUUCCUGGGCUUGCUGUGAACUGUGGACUGGUGAUGUGAUGAGAUGUCAUGCAGUCAUUACAAUGUGGGGAAAAUGUAUAGACAAGAAUGUGGUGAAUUUCAGGAAAGUUUGUUGAAAGUUUAAAACUACUUUCUGGUUUUUGUGAGUUCACUUUAAUUAAA